AUGGGUAACAAAAUCGCUCGGACGACGCAGGUAUCGGCAUCAGAGUACUACCUGCACGACUUGCCGUCAUCAUCGUAUAAUUUGGUACUGAAGGAGGUGCUAGGUCGAGGCAGGUUCUUCAAGUCGAUACUGUGCAAGCACGAUGAGGGUUUAGUUCUGGUGAAGGUCUAUUUCAAGCGUGGUGAUUACAUUGAUCUCACUGAAUACAACCGCCGUCUCAUCCUUAUCAAGGAUACCUUCCGUGCUCUUGACCAUCCCCACGUCUGGCCCUUCCAGUUUUUUCAAGAAACAGAUAAAGCUGCGUAUCUUUUGAGGCAAUACUUCUUUAAUAAUCUUCAUGAUCGAUUGAGUACUCGUCCUUUUCUCAGUCUCGUUGAAAAAAGUGUUAAAUUAAAUACUGCACAACUGCUGGCUCUAAUUGUUCUUCUUUUUAUUUAUUUUUUAAUUUUUGUUGUGUUGCAGUUACUUCUUGCUGUGAAACAGUGUCAUGACAAGGGGAUUUGUCAUGGUGAUAUCAAAUGCGAGAAUGUGUUGGUUACUUCCUGGAAUUGGCUUUAUCUUGCUGACUUCGCUUCGUUUAAACCAACUUACAUUCCUUAUGAUGAUCCUUCGGAUUUCUCUUUCUUCUUUGACACAGGAGGAAGAAGGCUCUGUUAUCUUGCACCUGAGAGAUUUUAUGAGCAUGGAGGCGAGAUGCAAGUUGCUCAAGAUGCACCGUUGAUGCCAUCCAUGGACAUCUUUGCUGUAGGGUGUGUAAUUGCGGAACUUUUCCUUGAGGGUCAGCAACUGUUUGAACUCUCCCAGCUUCUUGCUUAUCGUAGAGGACAAUAUGAUCCUAGCCAAUAUCUUGAAAAGAUCCCAGAUUCUGGAAUCCGCAAGAUGAUACUUCAUAUGAUCCAGUUGGAGCCUGAGGCACGUCUUUCUGCUGAAAGCUACCUACAAGAUUAUGCAGCUGUUGUGUUUCCAAGCUACUUUUCACCCUUUCUGCAUAAUUUCUACUAUUGCUGGAAUCCACUUCAUUCUGAUAUGAGGGUCGCAAUAUGCCAGAGUGUUUUCCACGAGAUACUUAAGCAAAUGAUGGGAAACAGGACAAGUGAGGUGGCUGGCACCAGACUGGACAUGUCUGCAAAUGGUUUGAAUGGCAAACUAUCAGAAGGGAUGGUUGAAAAACAAAACUUGGACUCAACAAGUCAUUGGAGAAACAGAGAGAGAAUAGAGAAGGGUUUAGCUUCUCAACAGUACAAUCUUCUUGGAGAUAUCAAUAGUCUGCUUGGGGAUGUAAAACCAAGCAGUGAUUAUUACAGUGCAAAAUUGAUGCCUGAGAGUGCACCUAGUUCUGAAUUUUGCCAGGAUCUCAAGCAACACUGCACACAAUCUUCUGAUGAACUUCUUCAAACUAUCUCAAAUGCAUUUAAGAGAAAUGAUCAUCCAUUUCUGAAAAAGAUUACCAUGGACGAUUUGAGUUCAUUGAUGUCUGAGUAUGACAGUCAAUCAGAUACAUUUGGUAUGCCUUUUUUACCAUUACCUGAAGAUAGCAUGAGAUGUGAAGGUAUGGUUCUGAUUGCCUCUCUGCUAUGCUCUUGCAUACGUAAUGUCAAGUUGCCACAUUUGAGGAGAGGAGCCAUACUCUUAUUGAAGUCUUGUUCGUUAUAUAUUGAUGAUGAAGAUCGCUUACAGCGUGUGCUGCCAUAUGUUAUUGCAAUGCUUUCAGAUCCAGCAGCAAUAGUGCGUUCUGCUGCCUUGGAGACUUUGUGCGACAUUCUGCCUUUAGUUCGUGAUUUUCCUCCUAGUGAUGCAAAAAUUUUCCCUGAGUAUAUUCUUCCAAUGCUUUCCAUGCUUCCUGAUGAUCCAGAGGAAAGUGUGAGAAUAUGUUAUGCCAGCAAUAUAGCGAAGCUGGCUUUAACUGCUUAUGGGUUCUUGAUUCAUUCAAUAAGCUUGAGCAAGGCAGGUGUUCUUGAUGAAAUGAGUUCACCACAGAAUUCGCAGGCAUCAUUUAUUGAAAGACCUGUACAGCUGCAGAGAGUAAAUAACGAUGCACAGUUGGCACAGCUGAGGAAAUCAAUCGCUGAGGUUGUUCAGGAACUUGUCAUGGGUCCAAAACAAACUCCAAAUAUCAGGAGAGCACUGCUUCAGGACAUUGGCAAUCUAUGCUGCUUCUUUGGCCACAGACAGAGCAAUGACUUUCUGUUACCGAUCCUUCCUGCAUUUCUCAAUGAUCGAGAUGAGCAACUAAGGGCAUUAUUCUAUAGCAAGAUCGUAUACGUCUGCUUCUUUGUCGGCCAACGAAGUGUGGAAGAAUAUCUUUUACCUUACAUCGAUCAGGCUUUAAGUGAUCAAACCGAGUUUGUCAUUGUAAAUGCAUUAGACUGCUUAGCAACGUUGUGUAAACGCGGCUUCUUACGGAAACGGGUACUGCUUGAAAUGAUAGAACACGCCUUUCCAUUGUUAUGCUAUCCUAGUCAAUGGGUUAGAAGGUCAGCUGUCUCUUUCAUUGCUGCCAGUAGUCAGAGUUUAGGUGCAGUAGAUUCAUAUGUUUUCCUAGCACCAGUUAUACGCCCAUUUCUCCGCAGAAAUCCAGCUUCUCUAGCUUCAGAGAAGUCCCUACUCUUAUGUUUGGUUCCUCCGGUUUCAAGACAGGUGUUUUGCCAAGUCCUAGAAAAUGCCCGGAGUUCAGACAUGUUAGAGAGACAGAGAAAAAUAUGGUACAAUUCAUCAGCCCAGUCCAAACAAUGGGAACCUGAGGAUUUGCUCAAGAGAGAGGAUAAGGAACUGAAUUCAAUGAAGAGUUGGCCUGACAAGGAACCAAGUCUUGAGGAUCAAAAUCAUGAUGCUGAUAAAUUGGAACAGCCAGAGGAUGGUGAUGCAAAGUUGACAGCUAUGGGCUUUAUAGCCAAUGCAUCCAGCAAAGUUGACAUUCACGAUGUCCUAUGCUCAGAGAAGUUGCAAUUCUCAGGUUAUAUGUCCCCUCGGUUUAGUGGUGUGAAUAGCUUUUUACAUGAUAAAUCCUCAGAAGGCAUACCUUUAUACUCCUUUAGCAUGGAUAGACGAGCAGUAAAAUUUCCUCCUGCAACAUCUGAUUCUUCUUUGCAGAUGAACUCCCUUGCAAUCAGUUCAUCAUACAUGCCCUGGGUGGAUCCAGGAAUUAAAUCAUUUAGCCUGGCUAGUUCUGCUCCUGCACCUAAGCUGGUUUCAGGUUCAUUCAGCAUUACUAAUGGUUCUAAACCGUUUUAUAGAGUGGUACAUGAACCAGAAAGCCGAGAAAAUGAUCAAACAUCAUUCAUUAAUGGUAAAUAUCAAGAUAUGGGAUUAUAUGGCACUUCAAAAGGAAGUUCUUUUGCCGUGGAAGAUGCCCCUCCAACAGAUCUAACUGGAUUGCCGCUAUUUGUGCGGACGGCUUCAAUUCCUGAUUCAGGCUGGAAACCUCGUGGGGUGUUGGUUGCUCACCUGCAGGAGCACCGGUCUGCCAUUAAUGACGUUGCAGUUUCAAGUGAUAAUAGUGUUUUUGUGAGUGCAUCUGAUGAUUCAACUAUCAAGGUGUGGGAUUCAAGAAAAUUGGAGAAGGACAUCUCAUUUAGAUCAAGGCUAACUUAUCAUCUGGAGGGGAGUCGAGCACUAUGCACUGUUAUGCUCCACAACACAGCUCAAGUUGUCGUUGGAGCAUGUGAUGGCGUGAUUCAUAUGUUUUCUGUUGAACACAUGUCCAGAGGCCUUGGCAAUGUUGUUGAGAAGUAUUCAGGGAUUGCUGAUAUAAAAAAGAAGGAUAUCAAGGAAGGUGCCAUUCUUAGUCUUUUGAACUACACCACUGAUAACAGUGAUGGCCAGAGUGUUAUUUACAGCACCCAAAAUUGCGGGAUCCAUCUCUGGGAUAUCAGGGCCAAUUCUACUGCCUGGACUUUAAAAGCAGUUCCUGAGGAAGGUUACGUAUCCUCUCUGGUAACAGGUCCUUGUGGAAACUGGUUGGUAUCAGGCUCUUCCAGGGGUGUGCUUACACUUUGGGAUCUGAGGUUCCUUAUACCUGUAAACUCAUGGAAGUAUUCCCAUGUAUGCCCUGUAGAGAAAAUGUGCCUUUUUGUUCCUCCUCCAAAUGUUACUGUAACCAGCACUGCAAGACCACUGCUAUAUGUUGCUGCAGGGUGUAAUGAAGUGUCUCUUUGGAAUGCUGAGACUGGGAGCUGCCACCAGAUCUUGAGGGUUGCAAAUUAUGACAAUGAUGCUGAAAUGUCUGAUACACCAUGGGCCUUGGCCAGGCCAUCUACUAAGGCAAAUUUCAAACCAGAUAUGAGGCGGAAUGCCAAUCUAAAGUAUAGAGUUGAGGAACUUAAUGAGCCGCCUCCUCGUUUUCCUGGUAUUCGUGCGAUGCUUCCUUUACCAGGUGGUGAUUUAUUGACUGGGGGAACUGAUUUGAGGAUACGUAGAUGGGACCAUUGCAGCCCUGACCGAAGCUAUUGUAUUUCUGGACCGAAUGUGAAUGGAGCUGGUAAUGAUGAUCUGUAUGAAACAAGAUCGAGUUUUGGAGUGGAAAUAGUUCAGUAUGAUUUUACCUGUGGACUUGCUGAAAUUGGUGGUUAUAAAAUAUUUCUUUCGGAAAUUGUUGGAGAAUGUUGUCUAUAA